AUCGAUCAUCGAGACCCCGUGACCGAUCGACCCUGCACACGCCGUCAGAAGUCCAAUUCGUCUCCGUCUUCCACCAAGUUCCGACUCCGCCGCCUGUACGGAUGCCCAUGGCCUACACUACCGUUGCUUAAUCCCCGCUCCCUCCUCCACGGCUUCCAUGCCCUAGCUAGUUGCUGCUGCUUUGCUUCAGGUCAGGGUUUUCCUCCAUCGCCUCGCCAAUCUCAGCCCCCCUGCCCCAAUUGCUUCCCCCAAUUGCGGUUGCCGCUGGUCUAGGCUAGGGUUUCCCCAGCGGCCAUUCCGGCUCUCGGCAGGUUGAAAUUGAAUUGGCUCGCCGCUUCCUCCAGCAAUCGAAUCCAUCGGGGAUGGCCACCACCCAGUUCGCCAUGGUCGAGGAGCUGGCCUCGCUCAUCAAGGACAACCUGCACAGCAAGCACCUUAUCCUCUCCACCGAGGAGGCCCUCAUCGCCGCCCUCCAGGAGCUGCGCUGCGCCGACGACGGCGACAGCGACGGUGGAGAGGAGGACGGUGCGGCAGAUACCAUAGAGCUCCAGCCCGCCGGGGCCUACCACCGCCUUCUCUUGCAUCGCCUUGCUGAAAUCUACGGGUUCGCUCAUGAAUCAGUUGGUGAAGGAGAGGAUCGGCACUUGGUCCUCCAGCGCUGCCCUGAAACAGCCAUCCCUCCUGUCCUUAUUAGUGAUAUGUUAUGGAAGUUUGACAACACUGAUGAUUCCACAUCUGUAGAUGAUUCCAUAUCUGUUGUGCUAACCAGAAAUGAUACAGAUUCCCAAAAGCCUUGCAAGGUAGAUGUUGUCCAAGAAGAUACUUCUAUUAAAAAUUCGCAUCUGAAAGACACUACAGAUUUGAAGCCCCUGAAGCAGUCAGCGGUUUUUCCGGCAGCAUCACUGAAGGAGAGGGAAGCUGCUUAUCGAGCUGCUCGUGAGCGAAUCUUCUCUGGAGAUGAUCCCAAGGGAAAUGAUAAAUCAUAUGUGAAAUGUAGACAGGUUCCUGUUGUUGCUCAACGGAUGAUAGCACAUGCGCUUGGUAAAAAAGUUCAAAAUCCCACAGAGACAGUUGCCUCGACAGAAGGCAGAGGAAAACACCUGCCAGAUGGGCCAAAAGUUCCAACACAUAGUAGGAAAAACUUCUACCCAAUUGCAACAGAUAAUAGCGAAGAGCAUAAUGUUCGAAAUGGUAAGCCAAACUCAGCCAGUAGGAAUUCAUAUCAAACUUCAUCCAGCCAAAGGUGCCGCACUGCUAACAGUAGAGCUGCUACCGCUGAGAGCUUGAAGAAAGAGCAGACUGGAGCAGCUAGAAGAAUGUUUGCACAUGCACUGGGGCUGUCUGCAGCUCAAGGAAGUUAUGGUGCACUGCCUAAACCGAAGUAAAGAUCCGGAGAUGAGAUGCCGUGAAUUGGAGAAGCUUUACAAUGCAUGCUAUGCCUGCGCUCUUUGUCCAGUCAUGCAUAUGGCGUGGGAUGAAUCUGUGAUGGUUGGUGCUCUUUUAAGUCCAUCUGCUGCUUCUGCGAAAUGGCUUUUGUGAUGUUGGUAGUAGAUGGAAUCUUGGUUGGAUGUUAACUAUUGGAGCGACACAGAGGGUAUGUGGCCCUGGUUGGUGGAAGAGCGUAAUUCGCCACACCCUUGAUCGAAGCAGCCUUAAGGCCUAAGCUCAGUUGGGGAAAGAGCUUGCCGGAUGCACAUUGCAUGCCAAGCUGAGCUGCGCAAGUGCUUCACUGGAGUGGAAGAAACAGUGUCGUCCUUGCUUAUACUAUGUUGUGUUUUGAGCUCCAGGCUGUUGCAAUGUGUACGUGUACUAGUAUGUUUUUGUAGAGACAUGUGUUAUAAUACUACAAUUAGACUUGCUGUA